AUGAGAAACACUUGGUUGUCGCCCCGGAGUGCAAUUUUGGAAUACUGGACAACGGUCAUUGUAUGUCUUUUUUGGAUUCAGUGUUCUUGCGGAAUGCCUCAUGUCAUACGAAUAGGUGGGAUUUUUGAACAAACAGAUGGACCGGUCCCACUCGUCAGUUCGGAGGAGUUGGCUUUUAAAUUUGCCGUUAACAAUAUCAACAGAAACAGGACAUUAUUGCCAAAUACAACUUUAACAUAUGACAUACAAAGGAUAAAUAUCUAUGACAGCUUUGAAGCAUCAAGAAAAGCAUGUGACCAACUGUCUUUAGGUGUCGUCGCCAUAUUUGGGCCGUCACACAGCUCAUCCUCGAACGCCGUGCAGUCUAUCUGCAAUGCUCUGGAGGUGCCUCACAUCCAGGUUCGGUGGAAACACCACCCAAUGGACAACAGGGACACAUUUUAUGCCAACCUGUACCCGGAUUACUCCUCCCUCAGCUAUGCCAUCCUGGAUCUCGUGCAGUUCCUCAAAUGGAAGACAGCUACCGUCGUGUACGAUGACAGCACAGGUCUGAUAAGAUUACAGGAGCUGAUCAUGGCUCCAUCGAGGUACAACAUCAGGCUAAAGAUCCGUCAGUUGCCUCUCGAUACUACAGAUGCCAGGCCUCUGCUGAAAGAGAUGAAACGCAGCCGAGAGUUUCGCAUCAUCUUCGACUGUAGCCACAUCAUGGCAGCUCAGAUCCUCAAACAGGCCCAGAUGAUGGGAAUGAUGACAGAGUACUACCACUACAUAUUCACCACUCUGGAUCUCAUGGCCAUUAAUUUGGAGCCAUACCGUUUCUGUGGUGUUAAUAUGACCGGUUUUCGGAUCCUCAAUGUGGACAACCCUCAAGUGGCCUCCAUUGUAGAAAGGUGGUCUAUGGAGAAGCAGAUUCCUCCUAAGCCCGAUUCGGGGCUCCUGGAAGGAAUCAUGACGACAGAUGCUGCUCUUACGUAUGACGCGGUCCACAUCGUGUCUGUCUCCUACCAGCACGCGCCGCAAAUGACAGUUAACUCACUGCAGUGCCACCGCCACAAGCCCUGGAGGUUCGGCGGGCGCUUCAUGAGUUUCAUUAAGGAGUCUCACUGGGACGGCCUCACAGGACGACUGUCCUUUAACAGAACCACGGGUCUGCGGACUGACUUUGACCUGGACAUCGUGAGCCUGAAGGAAGAUGGCCUGGAGAAGGUUGGGAAGUGGAGUGCGUCCGGAGGUCUGAACAUCACAGAGGUCCCCAAGCGGAAUGGGAUGAACAUCACUGAUUCGCUCUCCAACCGCUCCCUGGUCAUCACCACAAUCCUGGAGGAGCCAUAUGUCAUGCUUAAGAAAUCUGACAAGGCGCUCGUCGGCAACGAGCGCUUUGAGGGUUUCUGCAUCGACCUGCUGAAGGAGCUGGCCAACGUCCUCGGCUUCUCCUACGAGAUCCGUUUGGUUCCGGAUGGCAAGUACGGAUCGCAGGAUGAUAAAGGCCAGUGGAACGGCAUGAUCAGGGAGCUGAUGGAGCAUAGAGCAGAUUUAGCUGUGGCUCCCCUGACCAUAACCUUCAUGAGAGAGAAAGUAAUCGACUUCUCCAAGCCCUUCCUCAGCACUGGAAUCAGCAUUCUCUACCGCAAACCCAACAGCACCAACAAUGGAUUCUUUUCUUUUCUAAACCCUAUGACACCUGACAUUUGGGUCUACAUUCUACUCGCCUACCUGGGCGUAAGCUGUGUGCUGUUUGUCAUUGCCAGAUUCAGUCCCUACGAAUGGUACGAUGCCCAUCCGUGCAACCCUGGCUCAGACGUGGUGGAGAACAACUUCACGCUUCUCAACAGCUUCUGGUUUGGAGUGGGUUCCCUCAUGCAACAAGGUUCGGAGCUGAUGCCUAAAGCUCUCUCUACCCGGAUCAUUGGAGGCAUCUGGUGGUUUUUUACCCUCAUCAUCAUCUCCUCCUACACGGCCAACCUCGCUGCCUUCCUCACCGUGGAGAGGAUGGACUCCCCAGUGGACUCAGCUGACGACCUUGCCAAGCAGACCAAGAUAGAAUAUGGAGUUGUGAAAGACGGUGCCACAAUGACUUUCUUCAAGAAAUCCAGGGUCUCCACUUUUGAGAAGAUGUGGGCCUUCAUGAGCAGUAAGCAAAGCACAUCGCUUGUUAAAUCCAUAGAGGAUGGGAUCCAGAGGGUCCUAAAGUCUGAUUACGCCUUACUCACCGAAUCUACCACGAUAGAGUAUGUGACUCGCAGGAACUGUAAUCUUACACAAGUUGGAAGUAAUAUCGACAGCAAAGGCUAUGGAAUUGGCACUCCAAAAGGCUCACCUUACCGGGACAAGGUGACCAUAGCUAUCCUGAGCAUUCUGGAGGAUGGGCGUUUGCACGUACUGAAGGAAAAGUGGUGGAGUGGGAGCAUUUGUCAGGAGGAUGAGCGUUAUGAGACGGGUCCUAUGGGCAUCCAGAACCUUGGUGGUAUCUUCAUUGUGCUGGCCUCUGGAUUAGUGUUGUCCGUGUUCGUGGCUAUAGGAGAGUUCAUCUAUAAGCUGCGUAAAACGGCAGAACGCGAACAGGUCUUUCUGCAGUGCGGUGGUGGACGAGAUCAGACUGUCGUUCACUUGCGAGAGGCGGGUGAAACACAAGCCCCAGCCGCCGGUCAUGGUGAAGACGGACGCGGUGAUCAACAUGCACACCUUCAACGACCGGCGACUGCCGGGCAAGGACAACAUGAGCUGCAACACCGCGAUGACGCCCGUAUUUCCAUGACGUGCCUGGGGGACGGGCACCUGAGGCAUGUUCCGGGCCCCGUAUCCGACACCAGGGAUUAUGGUUCCGAGAUGAUCACGGCAUUCACCAUCAACAGAAGAGACAUCCGAAACCAAACAGUCAAUCAAAACGGCGGCAGCAGCAACCCAGGUAGUGACCACAUCCUCAAACCAAUGUAUCCCACUAGAGAGAGAGAGGGAGGAAGAUCCGUGUCCUUCCUGUAA